AUGCAUUGCUUCCUCGUCUUCCUGGGCCUUUUGGUCCUGCUACGUACAACAUCUGUUGCCAUUGUACUCAAUGUCGAUGACCCAAAAUCCAUUCUCGCAGCUUCAGCCUUGACCGCACAUGGAGUACAGCAGCUUUACACUGGCAACAGUCACGGAGGAGUCCUGGGAAAGUUCCCAUAUCCUCCAUAUUACUGGUGGGAAAGCGGUGGUGCAUGGGGAGGCAUGGUGGAAUACUGGCAUUACACAGGAGACGAGUCGUUCCGGAACGUCACGCAGCAAGCGCUCCUCUCUCAGCUUGGCCCGAAGUACGAUUUUGUGAUGGCUGCUGAAGCUUUUGACGAGGGAAAUGAUGACCAGGCUUUCUGGGUUUUCGCUGCCAUGUCCGCGGCAGAAUACUCCUUCCCAGAACCGCCUUCGCCAAUUCCUUCCUGGCUCACAAUCGUUCAGAAUGCCUGGCAAGAUUAUGUUCCGCGAUGGAAUUCUUCGGGCUGCAACGGCGGGCUCAAAUGGCAAUUCCACCCCGAAAACGCCGGCUAUUACUACAAGCAGAGCAUAUCCAACGGAGCCUUUUUUCAACUUUCUGCCAGGCUGGCGCGAUUUACCGGCAAUCACACCUAUGUGCUUUGGGCGGAAACUAUCUGGAACUGGUCAUAUGGAAUCGGCUUGAUCGAUCAACUCUUUAAUGUCUUUGAUGGCACCGAUGAGCUUAUCAAUUGUACCGGCAUUGAUCACCACCAAUGGUCUUACAACGUGGCCGUCUACCUGUAUGGUGCCGCGAUGCUUCAGAAUUACACCAAUGGAUCCUCCCCAUGGGUCGAGCGCACGGCCGGUCUUCUCGAGUCGGCGAACACGUUCCUCAGUCCAUUUCAAAAUGCAACAGAUGUCAUGUUUGAGGCGGAAUGCGAGCUCGACAUGAGUUGUAAUACUGAUCAGCUAUCUAUGAAGGCAUACCUCAUCCGCUGGCUCGCUGGGACGUCAAUGAUGGCACCAUUUACUGCAGGCCGAAUUGGGACCAUCCUUCGAAGCUCGGCACAGGGUGCUGCUAGUGCUUGUACUGGAGGUCCAGGAAACAACACCUGUGGAUCAAAAUGGUAUAUCGGCGGAUGGGACGGGACAAGCGGUUUGGGUCAACAACUCUGCGCGAUGGAAGCGAUGUACGCCUUGUUGGUCAACCAGACCAAACCGCCUAUCACAUCUGGCAGCGUUGUCCUACAGCCUGCACCUCCAUCGGCGACAGCCAACAUUACUGCCACCCAACAACUUCCCAAAGCAAGUGAUACAGCGCGGCCCCUUCACGACAGUAAGGGAAGCCCAGGAAUCAAAACUCAGAAUAAGAUUCGAAGUGUUCUCACCGUCAUCUUCACAACUCUAGCCGCUAUGCAUGGAGAGUUUGCCAAUGGUCAGAUCUGA